GGCGGCGGCCGCUGCGUGGAGGGGUGCGCCGCGGCGCGCCAGUCUCGUGCCGGUAGUCGGUAGUGCAGCCGAGCGACUCCGGGAGCCGUCCCCGCCGCGUCGUCGCUCGUUCGUAGUCGUAGUGCGCCCGCCGCCCGGCCCGCCCCGCGUGCCGGCGCCCGAGCCCCAUGGAGACCCAGAACCAGGAUGCUACCCGAAGCCCCGGCGAAGUGCCCAACGACCCGGGGAAGAUGUUCGUCGGAGGGCUCAGCUGGCAGACUAGUCCAGAAAGCCUCCGGGACUACUUUAGCAAAUUCGGCGAAAUCACAGAAGUUAUGGUUAUGAAAGAUCCAACAACGAGGCGGUCGAGGGGCUUCGGUUUUAUCACAUUCGGCGACCCAGCUAGCGUAGACAAAGUUUUAGCACAAGGAACACACGAAUUAGAUGGCAAAAAGAUUGAUCCCAAAGUGGCCUUUCCCAGAAGAGCACACCCAAAGAUGGUUACCAGAACAAAGAAAAUCUUCGUUGGUGGGCUAUCGGCCCCCACGACGCUGGAAGACGUUAAGAAUUACUUCGAACAGUUUGGACCGAUUGAGGAUGCCAUGUUAAUGUUCGACAAACAAACCAACAGGCACAGAGGUUUUGGAUUCGUCACAUUUCAAAGCGAAGACAUAGUAGACAAAGUGUGCGAAAUACAUUUUCACGAAAUUAACAACAAAAUGGUGGAAUGCAAAAAGGCACAACCAAAAGAAGUCAUGCUCCCAGCAAACCUGGCGAAGACGAGAGCCGCCGGUCGCGGCGCGUACGAUUUCAUGUGGUCAUUGGGUGCUCUUCCUGACGGUUUUCCCGCAGCGUACGCCGCCUACGCGGCAGGACGUAGCUAUUCGGGCUAUCCUAGCUUCGGGCUGCCAUAUCCAGCAGUUGACCUGACCAACGGACAACUCACACCGAACAACAACACACCGCUGCUAGCGCAAGCGCUCUCAGUGAUGAACAACUACCAAGCUGCAGCGGCUGGGUUUGGGCCGCCGGCGUCUCCGCACGCGGCGGGCGGCCGCGCUGGGUUUCCGGCGGCGAGCUCGCCGGGUCCUGCGCUCGAUGUGUAUGGCUCCGCUGCCGACAGCGUCGGCUACGUCCAAGCCGCCAGCCCCCAGCCCUCCGGCUUUCCCGCGAUCGCAGUGAGCCGUGCGCCCCUCAAUUACACCCCGGGACCCCUGAUUCCUGCGGCUUUUACCAACGGUUAUCAUUGAAAGUGUUAUAGCACAAAUAUUUUACGUGGCGAGCGGUGUGGCGACGCGUAGCGUUUUCGAGCGCUCGGCACUAUCCAGCGGCCGGCAGCCUCGCAGCCGCCAUCGCCAGCCGCCGCUCCCGCGCCGCGCUCCUCCAGUCGUCGCCAGCGCCCCCAUCAGCGCACAAACAACCCGGCGCACUCCGGCUGAACCCCCAGCUCGGCAUCGCUCGGGUCACCCCUCCACCGCGGCGUCUCACACAAUCCCCCUCCUCGACCCAUUUCCCCAUCUCGACCCUUCAUACCCGCAGACCCGGUCAUCAUGACCCCAUCUAUUGUAAAUAACUUUUUGUCGUGUGAACGAGAGAUAGUCUAUCGAUUGAACAGGUAUUUUUUCAAAUUUUUCUCGCUUUCGACUGUACCGUAGAUGUGUUGUCAGAGUAAUAAACGAUUUAAACUACAAAAAAAAAAUACAUUUCAUAAUUAUAUAAAAUGCAUCUAGACUAUUUUAUUGCAGGGAGGUAUAUCUUAAAAUAUUUUAUUAUUCAUAGUUAAUAACAGUUGUAAGGUGUAACCCGGUCCUGGACGCGCGGGCCAUUAAUUUCCGUAGUAGACUCUCGAUCUGUUUCCGCCACCGUACUCGUGUCCAUCGGCGAGCGCGUUAGGGUUCGUUCAGACACGCUGCGCCGGACCGCGCCGGACUGCGUCGGACCGCGCCGCCGCCGCACUCGCCUCGGCUGGAGGCCGGAGACAAUAACGCGGUGCGCGCGACACACGCGCUACCGCCGCGCACCUCCUCGCUCGUCCACCAACACAUAUUUUAUUCUAUCUAUUUUUAAUAUUAAUGUCAAAUAUUAACGUAAUUAUUGUACUACUAUGUAUUACGCAUAUUUUACCUAUGAAUGUAAUUAUUUUCGCCUAAUUCGAAAUGUAUAAUAUCACCUCUUUGAACGGCUGUUCUGUUUCAGUAGCGAACGAGUUUCUCGAUUACUUCCGUAUAAGACUAUGUUAGUUACGCGUAUACAUACUUUCUAAUAAUAAUAUGUAUUAUGAUAUAAAAUUUUAUCCUAAGGAUAAUAUGAUCAUAUUUACGAUUCAUAAGGACAUUUGGAAUGCUAAGUCGGAACAUUUCACAAUAUCUCUCAUGGCGUUAAGAUAAUAAUUCGUUUCUAUCUUGUACCUUUGACGUAGGUAUUGUAAUUAUAAUAAAUAACAAUUUUGUGCAUUACGUAAUAUUUCAUUGUUUCUUACGAUUGUAUUUACCGUAAUUUAAGACCACUGUUUAAACGAAUAUCGAGACUCCACCUAAUACGCGGGGUCACACAGUACUUAGUUGUAUCUAAAAUUUUAAUCAAAAUAAUAACCGUAAAUUUACGUACAGACGUUAUAGUCACACGACGCAGACAUUUCAAUAAAAUAAAGACAGGGAUAAUUAAAAAAAAAUCAGCCAAAGGCGCAGGUUUGAGGUAAUAGAAUAAAAUAUGAAGUCAAUUCAUUAAUCAUAUUCGUUAGGUACUGGAGACAUUUUUAAUCGACCACUUUUGUCUAGUUUGCAGCAGUCAGGGAACUUACUGCGCGGCAUGCGCGUAGCAUACGUCACGCGUCCACUGCUAGUGGCACGCUACGUCAUCUACGUUGUCUACGCCGUAGCAGUCGUUAGCAGACGUUAGCAGGCGUUAGCAGGCUGCUGUAGGUACUGUCGGACGCUCGUCGCUCAAACCGCGCAAGCGCUCGCCGCUCGCUACACACAUGCACUCGGUUGCAUUCAUUCGUUAUUUACUAUUAUUAUAACUCAUUACUUACAUCAAUUAAACAUUAAUAUUAUAAAUCUACCUAGGUAUUAAAUUUUAGGUAAUAAUAAUAAACAAUCUUUUAAAUGCUAUUAUUAUAUAAAUACGUUAUAAAUAUAAAUGUUUCCUGUUACAAAAAAAAAUAUUGAAAAUGAUACGAAAUAAAUCAAUAUUCUUUUUAAAGGUAAUUUAUUACUUAUGAGUACGUAGUUAAUUGAAUAAUGGAGUGUUAGACGGAGUGCGGCCGUCGCCGGGCGGCGCGCUCGCUUCGCGUUUUAUGUUCGUUCGUGCCGAGUUCGUUCGCAGUGACGAGGUGACGUGCGGCUCUGGGCGCACAAGCCGACCCCGGUCCGACACCGGUCCGACGCCGUUCCGACGCCGACCCGACACCCGGCCAGCACUGGCAAGCAUCAGCCGCCACGCCGCACACACCGCAGGAGACGCGACCGCGAUUAUGUUGUUAUAAACGUUAGCUAGGAAAUUGAUAAUGAAAUCGAAAGGUGUGAGUCUAUAGGACGGUCGGAAUAUCGAUAUCAUACCUAACAAAUUAACGUAAUUAUUUGUUUUAUAUUUACGGUGUUAUAGGUAUUUAAGACAUUUUUUCUUAGAAUAUUUAAUUAUUACGAUGAGAUGUUAUAAUUGUUAGGCCCGGGCCGGCGGCGGGGGGGCGCGCGCCUCGCCGUCGUCGGCCGUCUCAUUCACUUUCACAUCCUCACUAUAAUUAUAUUUUCUUACCAACCUUUUUAAUGUAGGAGAAGCGCACACGGCCGCUUGUCCCCGUGCGAGUACGAGUACAAACAAACAAACGUAAAAACAUAUAGUGAGUUCGUAUCGCCGCGUUCGUGAGAAGCCAUCGGUUCGCCGCGAUUGCAUCGAGACGAUACAUAAUGACAAUUGUAUAUACGAGUAAAUAGUUAGCCGCAUGUGUAAAAACACGUUAGGUAGGCGUCACACUACGGCGCAUAGUUUGCGACCGACGUUACGUCGCGCAUUGUCUGACGGCCAUUUGACAUACGUGACACGCCGACAUCAUGCAGACUUUAUCGGCUUAUGUACACUACACUUAACGUGCCUCUAUAUUUCUCUCUGCCGCAGCAUUAACUAAUCAAUGAUUUAUUAUAAUAGCACGAUAUGCCUUACUUUUCUGACCACCAUAUAACUGCAUUUGGCUCUACUUCGUACCAAAUUAAACACCUAAUAUAAAUUGGUAAUUCAGCGAAGGCCGUUAAUAUAUUGUACAACGAUAAUAGUUUGGCGCAACGCUUAGUCGAUACCAUCUGGUCGAUAUUAGAUUCAUUCGAGCUGCAAUCAGGAUUAGCUUGACGGAUGAUUAGUUUGUUGUUGUUAUCAUUUGUUGAUACAGUUCAUGAGUUGUUUCGUUAGUUUCACCCUUAGGGCGUCUAUGUGCGGGCCAUAUUGCGGACACAUACAUCAAAACAUUUUCGCUAAGCACACCUCGCUGGCCUAUCAAUCCACAAUAUAUUUACUAGAUAUUUGAAAACAACCGUUUAUGUCUCUAUUAAGAUUUACCAAAUAUAUUGGUUAUUUAUGGCACAGUGGGCGAAUAAUUUGAAGAUUUAACCGCUAUAUGGCCCGUAUUUCAGGAGCCAGACCGCUGCGCCGCGGCCGGCGCGACCGCGCGGCUGGCAAGCUGUCCCGCGCGGUCGCCGGCGGCCGCGCGCCGUCUCUCUCGCUUGUUCGUGUACGCGAUAGUUUAUUUCAGUCAUCAUUUAGAUGUGUUCUAUAUCAGAAUAAAGACUACGUAAUGAUAAGCGAGAUCUCAAAUUUAUUUUUAAAAUUCGUUAUGUGAUCCUAAUAUUGCGACUUAUCGUAUGUGUAAUAAAAUUAAAUGAAAAGAUAAUUUAUCAUAUUAUAUUUUGUAUAACGACAUUCUACAUUAUUUUACACUCGAUCUACUUUAUAUUGUUAAAGAUAAUAAUUAAUUUUAAUCUAAUAACGUGACAGACUGGUAAAGUUCGUAGAGUCGCCACGGCGGCCAUAGUCCAAGUAGCUUUGCAUAAUCGGCGAUGGCCAACGUUAACGUUUCAAGGACCAAAGGUAUAGUUAUUCGCGUAGAACCGGACGCGCAUUGGCUCCACACGAACCAACUCCAACCGAUCGGUUGUUUCACUGCAGCAUCAGAGCGUGUCUAUGAGUAAGCUAUGAGAAUCACGACGGCGGGCUGAGGCCAGCGCCGGCGCCGGCGCUCGCGCACUCCCGCCCGCUCCCAGCUCCCCGGCACUGGCACCCGGCGGCCGGCUUCCGGCUCCGGCACCGGCACCGACUCCGGCGCCGGCACCGGCACCCCGGCACCCCCUCCCGCCCCGCGCAACGCCGCCCGCUUGGUUUCGUUCUCGCGGUUACUUCUCGAUUGCGUGCUUCGCGUGCUGACUGAUUUUCUAUAGCAAUAAAAAUCAAUUACCUAAGAUUUUACAUUAAAAUAAAUUUGGAUUUAUAUACGUUCGAAUUUGGUGUCAUGUACAUUUAAAAUAUUAGAGAAAGGAGAUAACGAUAGGCGAACGAUCCGUGACGAAUACGUCGCGCGUCGGCGCAUUAUUUUCGUCAUUUCUUCGUGUAUAAUAUGUUACAUGAAUCUGUAUACAAUAUGGAUAUAAAUCGUAAUGAUUAAUAAAUUAGUUUUUACGGCAUCUCUUUAUUAAAAUAACGAUAAUAUCAAAAGUUUUGUAAAAAGCGGUGGGUACCUCCGCCGCCCCGAUUUCGUGCACCAAUGCACUUUCUUAUUGGAAUAUUACAUUAUAUAACGUACAUAAUACUAUGAGAUAUAUAAUCAUACAGCCUUUCGGGGCGCGUGUGUAUGGCGAUGUAUGUAUACACAUUGUGCAAUGUACAUAUACCUAUUAUAAUACAAUGAUUUAAGACAAGGUUCACAUCGUGCCGUGUGUAUGUGGUAAUAAAUAUAAUAUGGACAUUGUUCAAACAAUAA